AGGACUUUCUCUCGGAGACAGAAAACCAUCGGAGGACACGGACAACUUCUGCAGAGCGAGAGAGGACUCUGAAGAAAAUGAAACUGGAUGUGUCUCUUCCUGUUCUGCUGCUGCUCUCCAUCUGUUUCCACCUGACGACGUCCUCCACCCACCUCCAGGACUCAGAUGGCUCUCAGCUCCUGCAGGUGAGCAUCCCCUCCCCCCCCCCAGUGCCUCCGGUGCUGGGCGGCUCCCUGACGCUACCCUGCCUGGUGUCCUGCCCCCCCCCGCCCUCCGCCUCCUCCAACGGGCGGCACGCCGUGCUGACGCUGCCCCGGGUCAAAUGGAGCGUCUUGACUCAGGGCCACGAGGCGGAGAUCCUGGUGGCGCGGGGGGACAGGGUGAGGGUCAGCGAGGCGUUCAGGGACCGGGCCUCGUUGCUGCACUACGCCUCGUCCCCUGCAGACCUCACGCUGCGGCUCGAGCGCCUGCAGCACAACGACACCGGGUUCUACCGCUGCGAGGUGACGCAGGGGCUGGAGGACGCACACGACCUCGCCCAGGUCAAGGUCAAAGGUGUGGUGUUCCACUAUCGUGACGCCUCCAGUAGGUACAACUUCACCUUUGAGCAAGCAAGAGAUGCCUGCGCAGAGAUCGGGGCGGAGAUGGCGUCUCCGGAGCAGCUGGAGGCCGCGUACCACAGCGGAUACGAGCAGUGUGACGCCGGCUGGCUCUCCGACCGCUCCGUGAGGUAUCCGAUCCAGAUGCCCAGAGAGGGAUGCUUCGGGGACAUGGAUGGAUUACCGGGAGUGAGGAAUUAUGGGAUGUUAGAGCCCGACGAGCUGUACGACGUCUACUGCUACGUGGAGAAUAUCGAUGGUGAGGUGUUCCAUGACUCCGCCCCCCAGCGCUUCACGUUCUGGCAGGCGAAGGCUUUCUGCCUGAGUCACGGGGCGGAGCUGGUCACCACGGCUCAGCUCUACGCCGCCUGGAGCGACGGCUUGAACCUCUGCAGCCCGGGGUGGCUUGCGGACGGCAGCGUGCGAUACCCCAUCGUCACCCCUAGGGAGCGCUGUGGGGGGGGGGAGCCCGGAGUCAGGACCGUGUAUCGCUACAGCAACCAGACCGGCUUCCCCGAGCCCCACACACUGCACGACGUCUACUGCUUCAAACGAAAUAACGGCCCUUACACGGACUCUCCUCUGGACUUCCUCUCCACUGAGCCCGAGGACAUCGGCCAGGACGUCGUGUUCUUCACCGACCCUUCAGAGGAGGAGGGGUUCAGCAACAGCGAGGCGACGGAAAAGAGCCACGAAGAAAUCCUCCACGCCCAGACGGACAAUCCUCUCAAACACGUUCCUGUGCAGCAGAUUACACUCGGAUUCAACCAGGAAGCACCCAGUUCUCUGUCUGUCACUCAAACAUCUGAGCAUCCAGACUCCAGAGGGGAGGAGAGAGAGAAGGAAAGCUUCCCGGAGGCAUAUCAUCCGGCACCUGAUGAGGAAAACACUGAAGAUCUCCUGAACACGGAUACUUUAAAAUGCAACACCUGCAUCUCAUAUUUCUUAAUCACUGAAACAACGGAUACUUUAAAUGCAACACCUGCAUCUCAUAUUUCUAUCACCGAAACAACGGAUACUUUAAAUGCAACAUCUGCAUCUCAUAUUUCUAUCACCGAAACAACGGAUACUUUAAAUGCAACACCUGCAUCUCAUAUUUCUGUCUCCGAAACAACGGAUACUUUAAAUGCAACACCUGCAUCUCAUAUUUCUAUCACUGAAACAACGGAUACUUUAAAUGCAACACCUGCAUCUCAUAUUUCUAUCACCGAAACAACGGAUACUUUAAAUGCAACACCUGCAUCUCAUAUUUCUGUCACCGAAACAACGGAUGCUUUAAAUGCAACAUCUGCAUCUCAUGCGUACGAGCUCCUCAGCAGCUCUCCAGAUGCUCCCCAUGAGGUUGACCUUCCCGUUUCACAUACUCCUGAAGCUGAGCUCGUCCACUCAAGUGUUUCAGAAGCCAGCGCUGCUCCCUUGGAGGAGACAUCUGCAUCGAACACACAGGAAACAGAUGUUCUCUCCGACGCCCCGCAGCCUGAUCUCAGCACGCCUGAGAUCUACCCGACAGAAGAGGAGCAGGUGACCCGGGUUCUGGAGCUGGAAACUCAAAAGCCUUUCACUCAAAGUUCAGGUGUUCUUGAAACCUCUGCAGCCUCUGAACUGCUGCCUACGUCGGCUUCAGGUUAUGAUCUCACUGCAGAGCCUCCGGGUGUUUCUGUGGAGUCGCCCUCCCUCGGAGAUGGAGCUGAUUUGACCUCCAGCAGCUCUUCAGAGGAGGCAGCAACACAUCCUCCCCCCGGAGACCUCCACCCUGCAGAGACCCUCCUCACCACAGACUCCUCCAGUGUCACCUCCUUCACCUCCUUCACCUCCUUCCCCUCCUCUGCUCCUGUCACCCUGUCCACAGAGAAUACAACAGAACAUCUGGAGGAGAAGCAGGAGGAUUUGAGAGAAGUUUUCCUCAGCACCACCCAGAAUAUCUUCCACUUUGGUUCUACGGAGAAGGAGCAUGAGGACGGCGGAGAAGGAUCAGCUGAAUCCUCAGGAGAAAACACGGAGGUCACGUCUUCGCUCUUUCUGACAAAUCCCACUUUUGCCCACAGUGAGGGGGAGGAGGCCACCGACGCUCCUCCCCCUUCUGAGGUUAAAAUCACACUCCUCCCUAGACUGAGCCUCUCCCCCGGCUGGGAGCAAGAUCCAUCCUCUUCCUCUUCCUCCUCUUCUUCCUCCUCUUCCUCCUCCACGCUACAGGAGUCCCGCUCUGAUGUGGAGUUCAGCGCCAUGCCUCCUGCAGCCGAGGAAGAGGAGGAAGAGAAGGAGGAAGAGGAGGAGAUCUCCACCAGCAGCAUGCAUGAUCCUGGAUCAGAGGGGGAGAGCAGCACUGACGAUCCCUCAGGUAAAUUCUGCACGAUGCCUCCAGGUGAGGAGGACAGCGGGGGCCUGACGGUCUCCAGAGAAGAUGUGACCCCCCCCCCUAUAUUCCCGGGGUCUUCAGCCAUGGCCGCCUCCAGAUAUACUUCAGACUCGUGUGCUGAGAGUCCGUGUCUCAACGGAGGAACCUGUGUUGACGGUGAACCAACUAUCUGCAUCUGUUUACCCGGUUACCAUGGAGACCUCUGCCAGACAGACGUGGAGCUGUGUGAGGCCGGCUGGCAGAAGUUCCAGAGCUUCUGUUACCGACACUUUGUGAAGAGGCAGAGCUGGGAGGCGGCGGAGCAGCACUGCCGCAUGUGUGGAGGACACCUGCUGUCAGUCAUGACCCCCGAGGAGCAGCUGCACAUCAACGAGAGAGACAAAGAGUACCAGUGGAUCGGACUGAACGACCGAACCAUCGAGGGAGACUUCCGCUGGUCGGACGGGAACCCUCUGCUGUAUGAGAACUGGUUCGCGGGUCAGCCCGACAGCUACUUCCUGUCCGGGGAGGAUUGCGUGGUGAUGGUGUGGCACGACGGCGGCCGCUGGAGCGACGUUCCCUGCAACUACCACCUGUCCUACACCUGCAAGAAGAGCGCCUCGUCCUGUGGCGAGCCGCCCAGAGUUCCCGGUGCUAAGGUGUUCGGGAAGAAGCGUUUGCGUUUCGAGACGAACUCCAGGGUGCGGUACUACUGUGAGGACGGCUUCCUGCAGAAACUCAACCCCGUGAUCAGCUGUCUGCCCAGCGGCCAAUGGGAGGAGCCGCUGAUCACCUGCAUUCAAGCCCCUUCAAAGGAAGAAGACCCAGUGACAUCACUUCCUGUGCGGCGUGUGGAGGUCACGGAGGUCCAGGAAACAGUCACAGAGAAAACUGUGUGGCUCUUCUAGGACAUCAAGUGGGUCGGCUGAAGCCUUUGAAAAAAAAAAAAAUCUUGUUUCCAUAUUUUAUUUGGUCCUUAAAAGUCAAUUCUCUGCAUUAAAGUUAAACUGUAUACGUCUAACCUUUAAUAUUAAAGUCAUUUCGACGCCACCUGGAAAAGCUGUAAUCCAAAUGUGUGUUUUUCUGUCAAAUCGAAAUACUUUUGGUAAAUGAUGCAAGACGAAACCUUAAAAACAACCCGAGCUAAAAUGCUAAUGUAUCUGUGCACAGGUGACAUCUUUCUAAAGACUCUCCACUUCUUUUGGUGCUUUGUAUUUCUCUAUCUGUUUGCCAAUAUGAACUGUCAGUAUGAUGAGAAAGUUUAAUUUAAAAUGUGUAAAUAUUAUCUACACAAAGACGCACAUUUUUGGGGAUCAAUGGAGUAAAAAAACAAGUAUUUCAAUGAUGCAAGGACAUCUUAUCUACGGUCUCUUUUCUAGUUUGUAGUACUGUAAUACAUACUUGUAACAAUGCAGGUGGUGUUAAUUGUUUAUCUAAUUAACGUAAUAAAUGUAUAAGUAGAGAUAAUAUAGUAAACAUGAAUACGAUGAAAAAGGAGAAAUAAAAUGGAUUUUUUUUUUAAAGUUAGUCAGAUUUUUUACUGUUGAAAAUGUCUUUUGAUUAAAUGUUUAUAAAACUCUCUUCUGUAUUAUCUUGAUCACAUGACUGCUGUCUGAUC